AGAUUCAUUGCCACAGAAUCAAUACAAAGUUUGUCUACUGCUUUCUUCUCCUUCAUCAAUUCAUUUCUCUAUUGUAAAAUUCUAAAACUCAAUUGACACGUUUAAAAUUAAAUUUUAGACAAAAUAUCAAAGUGAAUAGAGAAAGUAUUUUUCAAUUCUAUCAAAUUUCUCCUGUGAAAAAUGUCAGAUUCUAGCAUAGAUGAAAGAGUUGUCGAUGAGAUAGAAGCGUUAAAAGCAAUUCUUCUAGAUGAUGAGCUUAAAAUUGCCGAAAACGAAAACGGUGAACCAGAAUUGAUAGAAAUUUUAGUUUUUCCAUCAACUGGAAAUGAUUCACAGUCACAAUAUGUUUGUGUACGACUUGUUGUUAAAUUGGUUCCCGGUUAUCCAGACGUUUCACCUGAAGUGAAUUUUCGAAAUCCACGAGGUUUAGAUGAAGGGACAAUGCGAAUUAUUCAAUCAGAGGCGGAAACAAAGUGUCAGGAUUUUGUCGGUCAACCUGUUAUGUUUGAAUUAAUUGAGCUGGUGCGAGAACAUUUAACAAAAAGCAAUCUUCCCACUGGACAAUGUGCAGUUUGUUUAUAUGGAUUUCGAGAAGGAGAUGAAUUUACAAAAACAGAAUGUUAUCAUCAUUUUCAUUCUCAUUGUUUAGCAUCUCAUGUUGCUGCUGCUGAUCGAUAUUAUCGUGAAGAACAGGAAAAAUUGCCUCAAUGGCAGCAAGAUAGUUCCAAACAAUUUCAAGCUCUCUGUCCCGUGUGUCGUGAAUCAAUUAAUUGCGAUGUGGAGAGUCUAUAUUCGGCACCGCCUCCAAUUGAUGUGGAGACAGCUACCGAUUUUUCAGUGACCGCCGAACUACGUGAAUUGCAAAGAAAAAUGGCUGUUUUAUAUCUUCAUCAACAGCAAAGAGGCGGUAUUAUUGAUUUGGAAGCUGAAGAAGUUAAAAUGCUUGUGAGAACUGAAGAUGAGACUGUUGCAACGACUGAAGAACAGAGUCCACCUGGUCCUAGUUUAAAUACACUUUCCAAUCAACCAGCACACAUGCAAUUACCAAAUACGAAGCAAUCAACCCAACAGCAGAAUCAACAAACUCAAAAUCAUCCUCAAAUUCAAUCAAGACAAUCGCAUAAUAAUCAUCAUGGUCAUCGAAAUCGUGGUCGCGGACGUUCACAUUAUCAUCGUCGACACUUUGAGAAAGUUCGACAAACAGAAUCAACUUCCAGAUGACAAAUAGCCGAUUAUUUGAAAUUCGGGUCUUAUCAUCAUUAUCAUCAUUCACUAAAAAGUGUAGAAUUAUUAUUAAUUAAAAUUAAUAGUAUAAUCGCAAAAAUAUUAUAUCGUAAUUGCAGUUUAAAUUUACAUCAUUUUUUUCACUCAAAAUUGUAGGUAUUGUUGUUUAACAACAUUGACAAUGUGGUUCAAAUUCACGACAUUCGAUAUGUUGAAAAAUUAUUCACGAUGGUGCAUUUACAUAGACAUUUGCCAAGAGGCUUUUUUUUUAUUUUAUAUCAUUGGAAUAAAAGUGAUUUAUUAAUUUUUUUCCAA